AUGAGUUUUUCCUUGGAACAACAAUUUAUGCUGGAAAAGCCUGGAAUUUUGCUAUCAUUUGAACAACUGAGAUUAAAUUUCAAGCUGGAACUUCGACAAUUGGAACAUGAGUCCCAUGCAAUGAGUUCAACGCUUACUGCUUUGCUUCAAGAGUCAAUUCCGAUUGAAAGUAAAGUCCAAGAGAUUGAUAGCUUGGUUUCGAGGAAUCGAAAUUUAAAGAAAAAGAUGGUACAGCUUAGAGAAGCCGAAGAAAUGCAUAUUCAGCGAACGCGGUUGCGUUUACAGUUUAUAAAUACUCUCAGCCAAAUUGAGGACCUGGAUUCACCGGAAUAUUUGGAUUGGUCCAGGACUCGUUUGAAUCGACUGAUUGCGGAUUACAUGUUAGCAAACGGCUAUCAUGACUCUGCCAUAAAAUUAUGCAAAAACUCCGAUUUGUUUGAAAUGGUUGACAUUGAUAUUUACAAGAGGUACCAGCAAAUACUUGACUCUAUUCUCCGACGUGAAUUGAAAGAGGUACUUGCAUGGUGCGCCGAGCAUCGAUCGAUUCUAAAGAAGAUUAGUAGCACGCUGGAACUCGAGAUCCGAAUACAGCGUUUUGUUGAACUGGUAAAGUCGAAUAAAAAAGUUCAGGCAAUUAAUUUUGCUAAAACUUACUUUGGUAAUUGGACCAAAACCCAUGCGGGCAGGCUUCAGCAAGUUGCAGCUCUUUUGGCGAUUCCGUAUUCUACGAAAAUUUCUCGAUACAAUGAAUAUCUUUCCGAUCAACGUUGGGACUUCUUGGCAUCCUUGUUUUCCAAAACAUUCAGCCAAGUGAAUUGUCUUUCCUCAGUCUCCAUUCUACAUAUUGCGAUAGCUGCAGGUCUUUCUUCCUUGAAAACUCCUUCUUGCUAUAAUUACGAAGAUGCACACAAUUCUCACUCCUUUCAGUCUUCCGCCAUUCGGCAGUGUCCUGUAUGCACUCCCAACCUAAGCGUUCUCGCACAGUCUUUACCUUAUGCUCAUGUUACCCAAUCAGUCAUUGUUGAUUCAUUAACGGGUGCUCGACUGGAUAGCGAUAAUCGCCCUGUCGCCCUUCCAAAUGGGCAUGUUUACGGAAUUAAGAGCUUAAUUGCAUGGAAUGAAGUAAAUGGGACACAAGAAGGAUAUUUGAAAGAUCCUUUUUCAGGAAAAGACUAUCCUUCUGAGUUACUCAGAAAGGUGUACGUGGUAUAG